AUGUGAAGUACACAAUGGCAGCGCCGCAAUCACUUACUAAUGAUUGACUGCUUCCCCGCCCCAGUUCGCACGUACGUCAUCGUCGACAUCCUAUCCAAUGGCUUGCUCGCUACUAUUCGUUUCGCUUUCUGCCACAACGCGGGAUGCGAUACGUACGCCUAGUGUACAUCUCUGUGCAGGUGAUCGAACACCGUCGGAUCGUACCAUAGAGAAGAGACCUCAGCACUCAAGUUUUGAUUAGUGUGAUAGCUAUGCGGUUCACUCCUUACCUCGUCCUUGCGCCAACUGCAGCAGUCGCCUUCGCUCAACUCUUUGAUCCUCUGCAUCGAACCGCUUCUGAUAUCCAGCAACAAUCACAGUCGCAGUCGGUCAACCACGCGCAAAUACCACUCGCAAAGCCUGCCGUAGGACUCGGCCCAGCCAUGCCGCCUUCCGGAGCGCCCCAAGCAGAUGGCCCCGCGAACGCAGGGGGUGGCAGCUCUGUCAUGCUUUCGGAUGUCAUGGGUCGAGAUAAGAGCAUAAAUCUUUUUGCAGGAUUCCUUAGGAGCAUCGAGUCUCCAUCGCAGCGUUUAGACGAUCCGGCCAGGAAUACGACUGUCCUCGCGCCCCUCAACUCGGCGAUAGAAAACCUUCCACGGAAGCCAUGGGAAGACCCAAGAGACUACAGCGCUUUGGGCGCAAAUGCAUAUGAAGGCGAGGAUGGACAGGGGAGAGCGCAGCGCAACCUGCGCAGGUUCGUCGAGGCUCAUUUGAUUCCAACCAGCCCAUGGCCGGCGGGGGAGAAGAUCAAGCCGGUGGGCGGUGAUACGGAGGUCUGGUGGGAGGAGAAAGACGGUGUGAAACGUAUCCAACCUGGAGACAUCGAGGUUCUUAAUGUAGGUAGCAGUGUCGUCAAUGGCGAAGUGUGGAUCUUGAAAGGCGUUCGGAAUGCCUCCUGAAAAGAGUUGACGACGGAGGUUAGGACGAGGGAAGCUUUCGGGUCUGAAUCAGGGCAUGGUACUGAACCGUGGAAUACCAUCAACGGGUGGGAAGUCUGAUGAUGAGAUUGACUCGGUCACAUAGCAAGCAAUGAAUAUCUUGGUUUUCAGUGAUAAUAUGGACAACAACUGAACAGGAGGACAUCAGGUCUUACGGUAAAGCUCGCGAUAACGAGUGGAUGCUUGUGGAUUUUAGUGUAAUCCGGCUGUCUGAGAACUGAUGCCUCUGCUGGUCACCCUAACGGUUAUGGUAGGCGGUAGCUGUUGGCAAGUCUUCGAAUAGGACCCACCGCAUAUGACAGGAAUGAUGACACCGCACGUUGACGGCG